GCCCAUCAUUUCAAGUCCCUGAGCGCGUCUCCACGUCACUGUGCACCGCUCAAAAAUGACAUACAUGCGUGUCUGCAACGUGCACCGGUGCCGGGCGAUUUAAAUGCCCACCAUUCAUUCAUCCUCCUCAUCCCCAACUCUCGUCAUGUCUGAUAUUAUCUCGUACGACACCCUCAAUGACUCUCAAAGGCCAGAAGCUCGCAAGAAGCCCAUCCCCGCUCGAUGGCGACCCCCUUCAUCCUUUUUCCCGCGUCUGAUCUUCCACACGAUGUGCUUUUGCUUGACGUUUCACUCGAAUUUGGAUUUCAUGUGGGAGAUCUUCCGAGAGCCUAAUGGUUGGGAAAACUUCCAUACUCUAUACCUCACUCAAAUCAAUCAGUUGAGUACCGUGCAAGGAUUGGUCCUUACGACUGUCGCAGUCUUUAUCUCCACUCCGUCCCCUCUGAAGCAGAUCGACUACAGUGCUGAUGGACCGUAUACACUCCUAUCGGAGUCAUUGGUAUUCUCGUUGUUCGGUCUUUUACUUCAACUCUUCACCUCUGUCGUGGGGCAGACUUAUCAAAAGCAGUCAACCUUCAAAGUUUUGAAGCGAAAUCGGUGGCGGUUCCUAUGCCAUAUCAUCGUUCUCUCAAUUCCGGUCUAUAUCUUCGGCAUAUCUCUACUGCUGCUCAUCUUCGCCAUAUCUGUGACAGGCUUCCUGUCCUCUUCAACUUCAGCUCGGAUUUUUACCGCAGCGACAUUCGCGGUGCUUUCUACGUGUCUGUUUGUUUCUAUCCUACCGUCGCCGUUCUUUUCGGGACUUCGUCAUUUGUUACGUAAGAUGUUGUGGAGGACAACGGAUUCUGUCGAUGAUGACGAUGACGACGACGACGAGUUGGACAAGGAACAUAGUGAGAAGGAGGCAGGGAGCCUUGUAUGAGGUUUAUUUCAAGAUGUCUUCUCUGAUGCUACCCGUUCUUAUGUUUCGAAAGUUUAUUUCUACAAGCUAAUGUAUCGUAUUCGAGAGCGGACUACAAACCCAUAAUAUUCCUUGAUACGAAGGAACGCAUUCCUAGAUCUUUAGGUACAAGAGAUAUAUUGCGUUAUCUGAAGAUCAGACCGCUGUUGUAGUUGUAAAAUGUCCAAGUGCAAAUUUAUACAGGCUUACUGAUCAGUCGGGACUCGGUAGGGAGCGGUGACU